AUCAAAUCUUAUAAGAAUGAACACUCGGACCUCUCAUAAGAGAAUAACCAAGUGAAGUUGAAGCUCUCUAAGGAUGUCUCCAAGAAGAGUUUUCAUUUUUCUUCUGUUGUUAGUUUUGGUUUUCUCUCUCCUCCUUUGCAAUGAGGGAAAAGUAGAGAAUAAGACUCGUUCAAGUUCAACCCCACACUUUGUCCUAGUUCAUGGCUAUACUGGUGCAGCAUGGGGCUGGUAUAAGAUCAAGGCCCUACUUGAGGCAUUUAACUACAGAGCGACAUGUCUGGAUCUCAAAGGUGCUGGUGUUGAUCCAUCCGAUCCUGCUAAAAUACAUAGUUUCAAUGCUUAUAACAAGCCCCUCAUUGAUUUUUUCGCCAGUUUGUCCAAUAAUGACAAGGUCAUAUUAGUUGGACACAGUGCAGGAGGUCUAAGCGUUACAGACGCGUGUCACCGAUUCAGUGACAAAAUUAAGGUUGCUGUAUAUGUAGCAGCAACAAUGUUGAAACAUGGGUUCAUGACAGAACAAGACUUAAAAGAUGGAGCACCACCAUUCGCAACUGGUUUGGCUCCAAACAGGACUGGGGCAACACAGAAACCUGAGUGCCAAACGAAUCACGUCGGCAUUUAUCGAGAGAAAUUUGGGUUUAAUCAGGAUGCAGCUUUAGGUUCGUUGUUGCGUCGGCCAGCAGUACCAGUUAAGACAAUACUAGAUGCUCGAUUCAAAGGAGAGAGAGCUGAUCAAGUGCGGCGCGUGUACAUUAAGACAGGAUGCGAUCAUACACUCCCGCCGGAGCAACAAGACGCCAUGAUAAAGAGAUGGCCACCAUCACAGGUCAUUGUUGUGGACGCCGAUCAUGACCUGAUUGGCACAGACCCCCUUAUGUUCUUUGGGUUGCUGGUUAAAAUUGCAACUUCUGUUGAUUGUUGUGAAAGUUUUACUUAAAAAGAGUGUUUCCCAGCUGCCAGAGUCCAUUAACCGGGACUAAACAGGGUGUCGUUUUAAUAUUUACUAUUGUUGUACUGACAGUCGCUUUGACAAUGUUAUCGUUGUGGUCAUGAUCUACUAAUAAAAUCCUUUGGGACAACUAAAGGAAUAAGAUAUUUAUUAUGUAGUUCGUGAGACAGUGUAAUAAAAUCGCCCAGAUGACAUUGUAUCAGCUCAAUCUGAUGUUUGUAAGAUGCAAUUAGGAACUUUGGAGUUGCAGCAUAUUCAAAUUUUGGGAAAAUUGUGAAAAGGCACCCCCUUUCAUACUUAUUUGUGUAAAAAUACCUCAAUAUAAAAU